UUUGCAGAUCAUCUAACGCUGUGGAUAUCUAAACAAACUCGUUUGUUGAUUCGAUAUUCUCGAAAUUUUACAUUAGCCUACGUAUCUGAACAACAUUAUCUAAGAAAGCAACGUUAUUGACCCAUCUUUGAUAUAGCUUAGCGUACAGUUCGAAGCUAAAAGUUCUCGUGGAACAUGUAGGCCUAGUAAAUCUUAAAAUCAUCGUCUGCAAGUAAUACUAGUUAAAGCGUUUACCUCUUGAAUGCAUUUAUAACAAUGCAAGCACGAAAGAGGAAAACAUUUCCUGUUUCUGUCACCCACGGCCACGAGAUUGACAUUCCGAAGCGUGCGAAUAACACAGUCCAGCCAAAGGGGGGCGCCAACGAGCAGAGUAUAAUCCACCCUUACUGCCAAAGCCAGUAUUUCUCAUGUAAAGGUAAUAAUCUCAAACUAGGACAAGACUUUUUCAACCAACCCUGUGUCAGCUUAGCCAAAGCUCUUCUUGGGAAGGUGUUGGUGCGUGUGUGUUCGGAUGGCCAGGAGCUGCGUGGCCGGGUGGUGGAGACGGAGGCCUACCUGGGGGGCGAGGACAAGGCCUCCCACUCGGCCGGCGGCAAGCGAACUCAGCGCAACACGGCCAUGUUCAUGAAGCCCGGCACCAUCUACGUCUACCCCAUCUACGGCAUCUACCUCUGCAUGAACAUCUCCAGCCAGGGAGAGGGGGCGGCCGUGCUGCUGCGUGCCCUGGAGCCCCUAGAGGGCCACGCGGCGAUGCACCGACUCCGGGGGGCCCGCAGGAGAGAGGGCUCGCGGCCCCUGAAGGACAAGGAGCUCUGCAACGGGCCCUCCAAGCUGUGCCAGGCCCUGGACAUCCCACGCGCCUUCGACCGCCGCGACCUGGCCGACGACCCUGAAGUCUGGCUGGAGAGGGACACAGACAGGGGCGCAGGGAGGGAACCAGAGAGGGACCCAGAGAGGGACCCCGAAGACAGGGACUCAGAGGGGGCCGCAGGGGACAAGGCGCCACCACCACUGCAGGGUGAUGGAGGAGAGGUUGAUGUGGUGACGUCCAUGCGUAUCGGUAUCGAGUCCCACGGCGAGUGGGCCACCAAGCCACUGCGCUUUUACGUGCGGGGGAACCCCUGUGUCAGCGUGCGGGACAAGAGGGCAGAGGCCCGGGGCGGCCAAGCAGAUGUGCCGAAAGUAGUUACGUAGGGCUGCAGAAUAUAUCGAAAAUGUGUCAAAAUCGUGAUAACAAGAGUGGCAAUAUGUGUAUUGCUCAACAUAAACAAAUGCGCAAGAAGCCCGCCACGACCGAAGCCACGCCCCCAACAUGGACUGACAAAUUAGUGACAAGAAAAGCACUAGGCUAUAUUUCUAAAUAUUGUUUAAAUAUCGUUAUCGAGAUAUUGCAUGAUGUUAUCGAGAAUCGAUUUUUUUCUGAUAUCGUGCAGCCCUAGCAGCUAGCCUGCUGUCGCUAGUAGAACUCAAUUGUGGACUCGGCGUGUGAGAGCCUGAUGAUGAGACCGUCCUUCAGGGGGAAAAAAUUCUAUGUUUUAUUACACCACUCUUCUUGUACUGUAUUUUGUGUGAAUGUGUAUGUUUAUGUAGGCCACCAAACCUGAAUGCUUUUUACAUGUUAGGGAACACCAUUUUGCCUCUUGUCCACUGCCGGUUUUCUGGUAGGCCUACAGCACGACUUGGCUGCCACGUUUUGCUUUUGGAAUAGGCCCAACAUAGCAUAAUCGUAAAGUAAAAAGUGGCGGCCGAGUCGCGCUGCGUGGAGCUGUAGGCCUACCAGAAAACCGCCAGUGGAAAAAUGAGCUGAGCAUGUAGGACAGGAGGGCAGAGGCUGAUGCCGCGCACCACGCAACCUGACAACUGUUGCAACAGAAUAUGUGCAGGCACAUUUGAACUAUGAUGGGAAUCUGUUUAAACAUAAAUUUACAGCAAUUUUAGUCCAUUUUUGUUAAAAAAAAAAAAAAAGUUUGGCCCGCGAUUUCGAUGCUGAUUUUGAUUUUGACCCUCGGUCAAUUUGAGUUUGCCUAAGGCAUACAAGGUCCUCAUAAUAACACAAAUGACAACCAAUAGCCUACAGCAUGACAGAAGAUAUUUACACACAUCAUAAACAUGAGGUACAUGAAAAAUACAAAAAAGUAACAGUAAAACAAUGUUUGUUAUUAAUUUAUGACAUCGGCGUCAGUGUUACCGAGCAUUUAUUGCUAUCUUAUGUAGGUAAACCUGUGCUUGACAGUCAAUAUACUGGGAAAUAAAUAAAGAACAGGCCCA